AUGAUCGCAUCAAAGUCCAUUGUGUCGCUUAUGCUGCUGGCCACUGCCACUGCUCAAUCUACUGUUUAUCUUAUCCGCCACGGAGAGAAGCCAUCCAGUGGAAACGGCUUGGAUAGCGAAGGCGAAGAGCGUGCUCAAUGCCUUGUUAACGUGUUCUCCGCCAGCUCCUCUUACAACAUUGGACAUAUUAUGGCUGAGACUCCCCAGUCCGACGGCUCGCAACAGCGCCCAUACGACACGGUUCUUCCUCUGGCAGAGAGCCUUGGACUUACUGUUGACACAUCUUGUGAGCGUGACGACUCUGACUGUGUCCAGGGUGUUGUUGACAGCUACACCGGGGCUGGCAACAUCCUUAUCUGCUGGGAGCACAGUGAAUUGACGGAUAUCGUCACUGCCCUUGGUGAUGAUGACGCGCCUUCUUACCCCGACGACAGUUUCAACCUUAUUUGGACCGAUCCCUACCCUUAUACUUCUAUUGUCAGUGUGACUAGCGAGGACUGCCCUGGUUUGGAUGACUAA